AUGGCCACUUUCUCUAUCGCUGGCAAGGCUUUGAAACUUACCAGUGCAGAGGAUAUCGAUCCGCACCUCGAUGAGUUAGCAAAACUUUCCACAUGCUCGAAGCUAGAUCUUUCAGGUAACACUAUCGGAACAGAAGCUUCUCAAAAACUAGCACAGUUUAUUGACUCGCACGAUUCUGUGAAGAAAAAUGUUAAGGAGAUCAAUUUCGCAGAUUUGUAUACUUCGAGACUAGUCGAUGAAGUGGUCGAAUCCCUUAACUGUCUGCUUCCGGUGCUUCUGAAAUGUGAAAAGUUAGAGAUCUUGAACCUCUCCGAUAAUGCGUUUGGUCUAAGAACCAUCGACUCUCUCGAGAACUAUAUUGCUAAUGCGGUUCAUCUCAAGCAUUUGAUCCUAAGCAACAAUGGUAUGGGGCCUUUUGCAGGUGAAAGAAUCGGUAAGGCACUUUUCCAGUUAGCACAAAAUAAGAAGGCCAAGAAGGAACCAUUCUUGGAGACUUUUGUCUGUGGUAGGAAUAGAUUGGAGAACGGUUCUGCUUUAUAUUUGGCAUUGGGUUUAAAGAGCCAUGCUGAUGGAUUGCAAACUGUUAGAUUAUAUCAGAAUGGUAUCAGACCAAAGGGUGUGGCUACUUUGAUUCACUAUGGUUUAAAAUUUAACAAAAAUCUGAAAGUGUUGGAUUUGCAGGAUAAUACCUUUACUAAAUCGGCAUCAUCGAUCUUAGCUGCCAAUCUUCCUACUUGGAAAGAAUCUUUGUUGGAGUUGAACGUCAAUGACUGUCUCUUGAAGGAACAAGGGUCUGAUGAAGUCUUCAAAGUGUUUUUGGAUCACAAGUUUGCCAAACUCGAGCAUUUAAAAUUUAACUACAACGAAAUGAACCAGGAUACUAUAGAGAGUAGUCUAAUUCCAGCUUUGGAAAAAGGUCAUUUGCCUAGUCUGAAAGAAUUAGAGAUCAAUGGUAACAGAUUGCAGGAGGAUUCGGAAGCUUUAGACACUUUACAGGGUCUUUUCGAAGACCUUGAGCUUGACGAUUUGGAAGAACUGGAUAGCGAUGAAGAAGACGAAGAUGACGAAGAUGAUGAUGAUGACGAAAAACUGGAAGAAAUUGAGACUGAAGCCUUGGAGAAACAAUUGCUUGAAUUAUCGGUUGAUGAUUUGACUGAGGGUCUUUCAAAGACUCAUAUUUAA